AUGGGAAAUAUCAAUACACAUUCAAACGUCCCACGGAGUUCUUUAUCCCGAGGUUCAACCCCAAAUAGUGUCCCCAACCCCAUCAACACCCCUCAGGAGCAUUUGCCUUCCAUUUCACGAGGCCACCGAUCGUCCAGAAAUCAUUCCUUUUCACCCUACCUCAGUGAAGGAAGAGAAAAUCGACCAGCUUGGAUUAGUUUACGCUCCAACAAUCGGAGGUUUCUGUCUGCUGCGAGGGGAUCGGAUCUUAAUGGGGAUGAUCUUUUCCCUUUAAGCUCCAUGCCCUCUCUCGAGUUGCGCAUGCAGAUGUCUAAUCUGAUGGUUGACAGUCUUCUGCAUGUCGACAACGCGCUUUCACGGAUCCUAAAUUUGAUAGACAUCCAACGGAUUAUCAGUAUUGGACCGCGUAUUUUUGGUGGUGGGAUGAACUUUGACAGUUUGCAGAAACUCCCUCUGGACGCGGAGCUUCUCAAGCAGAUCGAGAACAGCUCAGCGGAGGCCUUGUUAUCCCACAGCGACAGCCUCGACGAGGGGAGGGCGGGGGGGAAGGAUUCCUUCCAGUGCGAUAGCUGUUCGAUUUGUUUGUCGACCUUCCGCGACAUUUUCGAGAAAGGCGCUGUUGAGGAUGCCACCACGGACUGCGAGGCUAAGCCCAUUUAUGUCUGCCGUCUCCCUUGUAAUCAUCUUUUCUGCCUGGAGUGCCUGUGGCCGUGGCUAGUGGAGAGUGAAAGCUGCCCGAACUGCCGUCUGAAUUUGGAGGACAUCGACAGUCUUUACCUCAAAAUGGCGGAAAAGGCGCCAAUGUGGUGGAUCACCGCGCUGCAUUCCUUCCGGAAGGAAAAAAAAACGAACAGCAGGGGAGCUUCUCGGCAAAUCGGCAGAAAUCUGCCUCCAUUGGAAGCGAUUUGA